AUGGAAAGAGCAAAUGGUGACAUCAAUGACAUGCUGGUUGCAUGGAUGAGAGACAACAACACCACGGAUUGGAGCAUUGGAAUCAAGUUUGUCCAGUUCCAGAAGAAUUCCAGCUUGCAUGCAGAGGCCAAAGUGGGCCUGACAUCAUCCUCGCUGCCUGAUGAGGUAAUUCAAAGGAUACAGUGUGAGGAUGAUCUGUUAGCUGUACUCACCACCGGUCAAAAAGGAGAGGAACCAGGGCCUGUUCCCAGUGCUGAAUCAGCCGAAGUUCACUUUGAUACGGAACGUCCCAGUCCUCCUUCAGUAAUCCCCAACACCCCAGUACCUGUCCGACUUGUAUCAACUGAGGUUCACGUUGAUGCGGAGCGUGGCCAUCAUCCUUCAGUAGACCCAAACCAUCCGGUACCUUGUUGUUCUCAAACAGCUGAGGUUGCCAUCGAUGCUGAGCGUGGCUGUCAUCAGUCAAUAGUCUCUAGCACCCAGAAAGAGAUCAGCCCUGCUGCUAAACGCGUGGUCAAACGGAGUCGAAUUAACCUUGCAGCCAGCGAACCACUUGAUAAUGCUGCUGUCCCUAUUCCACUGGUAGAUAGGGGUCGAGGUGAUCCUCGGAACAUUCUCGGUGUCGUCUUGGAUCGUGACCAAAAUGACAUGUACACCAUUGGAGUCAAGGCAGGAGUUCUGAAAGCCAAGCUGUCACGCAACCAGUUUGAUUUACGCCCUCAGCGCCUUCUGGGAGAGGACUCCAUCAAUCGCGACAGGGUGGUAUCUCUGCAAGAAGCCACUACCUUUGAAUCGAACUGUGGUGGACAGGGUUUUGUCAAAUGCAACUGCGCAGGACCCUAA